AUCACUUUAAACAAGCAUGAUGUCAGUGGUGCGGUUCUUUAAAACAGAAAGUCCUGCCAGAUUAUCCUCAAAACACUGUCGACAACCGGGAAAGUGAAUUGCAGCUGCUUUACGGCUUACACAGCCCACACUUACACGAAAUCUCACAACAAUGAAGUUCAAUGUUGCAGCCUUUCUUCUUCUGACCUGCAUGACACUGCUGUGUACAAACGAAGUCUUCGCUAGAUUGAUCGCUCCACAGCUGCGCUGCCCGUGUGUUGGGACAUAUUCAGGAAAACGAAUUAAUCCCAAACUAAUUCAGAACAUACAGACGAUUCCUGCUGGAGUAAAAUGCAAAACCCUGCAGAUCAUUGUCACUCUGAAACAAGGACAGACCUGCCUCAAUCCCAAUGAUGAAUGGGUGAAAAAGAUCAUCGAAGGAUAAUUUCGUAUCUGUGUUUAUAUGCAAAAGCUUAUGGUGUUUAUUGGAGUCCUGUGAAAAAUACAGGUGUUCAAUGCAAAAUAUACAUGUACUGUAUCGUCUCGUAUUGCACAAAUGUCAGUACAACUCUUUGGAUGCAGAUGACUUGCUCAUUAAAAGUGAUGAAUAGAUAAACAUGCUUGCAUGAUGGCAAAUGGCACGGCACAUUUUCCGAAAGCACUAUUGCUUAUUUACCAUAAAUGGCACUUUUCAUUUAAAAAGUAUAGAAAUUUUUGUGGAAAUCAUAAAAUAAAGAUAUAUUUUUUAAGUUUUUAACAAUCUUCAGAAAAUGGUCUUUGUCCACUUCAAGAUGGCUAUAUAUAUAUAUAUAUAUAUAUAUGUGUGUGUGUGU